ACGUGUUACGCAGUUGACAUAAACAACUCUGGAUACUGCAAAGAAGCCAUUAUAAAUAUGGAACUAGUUCUAUAAAUUGAUAAACCACACCACUCUUCUCAAUAACAAAGAGAAAACACUAGAGCUAGCUUAGUGAAACUUCUUAGUUCAAAGAUUUUUAAUCAAUGUCAUCUUUAAAUUGUUCUAGAUUAACCAUGAUCAGUUUGGUUCUAUUUGUCCUCAUAAUAGGGAGUGCCAAUGCACAACUUUCUACAAGUUUUUACUCAAGUUCUUGUCCCAAACUCUCUUCCACUGUUCAAUCCACAGUGCAAUCCGCCAUAUCAAACGAGGCCCGAAUGGGUGCUUCCAUCCUCCGAUUGUUCUUUCACGAUUGCUUUGUCAAUGGAUGUGACGGGUCAAUUCUACUAGAUGACACAUCAAACUUUACUGGAGAGAAAAACGCAAAUCCGAAUAGAAACUCUGCUCGUGGAUUUGAUGUCAUUGACAACAUUAAGACAGCCGUAGAGAAUGUAUGUCCUGGCGUUGUAUCAUGUGCUGAUAUCCUUGCCAUCGCUGCCGCGGACUCCGUUGCAAUCCUUGGUGGCCCAACCUGGAACGUAAAACUUGGAAGAAGAGACGCCAAGACGGCUAGUCAAUCUGCUGCUAACACCGCAAUCCCGGCACCAACUUCAAACCUUAAUACACUCACCUCAAUGUUUAGUGCUGUUGGUCUUUCCAGCAAGGACUUGGUCACAUUGUCAGGUGCUCACACAAUUGGACAAGCAAGGUGCACAACCUUUAGGGCACGAAUCUACAAUGAGACCAACAUAGAUACUUCAUUUGCUAGUACAAGACAAUCAAAUUGCCCAAAUACAUCUGGGUCAGGGGACAACAAUUUGGCACCUCUUGAUCUUCAGACUCCCACUUCAUUUGACAACAACUACUUCAAGAACCUUGUUCAAAACAAGGGUCUUCUUCAUUCAGACCAACAACUUUUUAACGGCGGAUCCACCAACUCCAUAGUGAGUGGCUACAGUACUAAUCCAAGUUCUUUUUCCUCAGAUUUCGCCACUGCUAUGAUAAAGAUGGGUGAUAUUAGUCCUCUCACCGGAUCAAAUGGAGAGAUCAGAAAGAAUUGUAGAAAACCUAACUAAGAGUUAACGGUCCUAGUUAUACACAUACAACAAAAUUGUGUUAUAUACAUGUGUGUUGUGCGCAUAAUAAGUUUGUUAAACAUGUUUUCAUUGUCUAUUUGAUUUUGUGUGCUUUGGAGGGUUGUGUAAGUGUGUACUGUCUUACUUUUAUUGUGUUUUUUUUUUUUGUUUCAUUUACAAAAUUGUAAGAAAGGAGAUUGGUUUCAUGAUCUACAAGUACGUUUGUGAUUUUAAUUUAUAAAAAGGGGUUAAGCUUUUCUA